AUGGCUCCCCUCGAGCAACUCUACGCCAAAUUCGAGGCGGAGCGAACCCAUCAAUCACUCCGACAGCAACAACAUCCUACACCACCCUUCAGCGCGCCACCCCCUUACACCGCAUCGGACGAGGACAGCGACACGGACUUCGAGUCCGAUUCCUCGGGCGAGACCACUUCACCAUUCAAGCUAACCAUCAACGCCGCCCACAGUAUCCAAGGCAGCAACAACAUCGUUCCGACUUCGUCUACACUAACUCUGGACGCAACGAAACUCAGUACCAUUCUAGUGGCCGCACUUACGCAGCUCAAUGGUAUCGCCACGUCGGCGGAGACGAACAGUACGCGAGCACGGGCGCUGAAGGUCGAGCUGACGGUGAAUUGCGGCGUCACGGUUAUUGGCGACCGGAAUGUGGUCGGUCAUAUGGGUGUGAAGCCGAGGUUUCCGCAGCAGCAGCAGCAGCAGCAGCAGCAGUUUGUACCCGUGACCGCGAUCUUGCAUGCGGGCAACUCGGGUACUGGCGCGAAGAGAAAGGCGGAGGAGGAUGUCGAUAAGGAGCGAGAGCAUAGAAAGUGUGAGUGUGAGGGUGAGGCGGCGGUGUGA